AUGGAUAGCACCGACCAUUAUUUUAACAAAGAUAUUUGGUUAGCAAAGAGUAAUUGGGAUGACGAAGUGGAUUCUUCGACAAAACAGGAAUGGUUAACACUACGAGCCGAUUUCCAGAACGUUAAGGAUCUAAGAAUUGAUCGUUGGCUAGAGACGGACAAGAAAAGCAAAAUACAAUUGCACGGAUUUAGCGACGCAUCCAUGAAUGCUUAUGCUGCCGCGGUUUAUAUCAGGGUAGAAAAUUCAGAUGGUUCCAUUAAGACCAAAUUAAUUGCAGCGAAAACUCGAGUAGCUCCUGUUAAAACCAUCUCGUUACCUCGAUUGGAAUUGUGCGGAGCACUCUUGCUAUCAAAAUUGAUGAGCCAAGUUGCAGAUGCCAUGAGAGAACCCACAUCGAAUAUGUUUGCAUGGACAGAUUCUUCAAUCACCGUUGGUUCCAUGUUCAGUCACAGCAUAAUCCAGCAGAUGUCGCUUCCAGAGAAAGAGCAAUUUGAAACAGAAAUACAAAAUGUAAAAAUAAAGAAAACUGUAAACAAAAAAAGCAAAUUGAAAAGACUAAAUCCUUACCUAGACGAAGAUGGUAUCCUCAGGGUGGGCGGACGUCUUCGACACUCUGAUUUACAGGAUCACUGGAAGCAUCCUAUCAUACUGGGGGAUAAAAGUAUACUUACCUCGUUGAUCGUUGCCGACGCUCACAUGAAGACCUUACACGGCGGAGUACAACUUAUGCUAACAUACCUGCAAAAUAGAUUUUGGAUUAUUAAAGCAAAGGGAUUAGUGAAAUCAUAUAUUUAUAAAUGUUUGAUUUGUGCUAGAUACAAUGCCAUACCUCGAACACAAUUGAUGGGGGACUUACCUAAAGAAAGAGUUACACGAUCUCGACCAUUCCUACAUAGUGGGGUGGACUUUGCCGGACCUAUCAAUGUACUUAUGUCUAAAGGAAGAGGUGCUAAAACCACAAAGGCUUAUAUUGCUAUUUUCGUCUGCUUGUCUACCAAAGCCAUUCAUCUGGAACUAGCAGGCGACCUAACCUCUGAAACUUUUAUCGGCGCUUUUAAACGAUUUGUUUCCCGAAGAGGAAAAUGUACUCACCUUUGGAGCGACCAAGGUCGAAAUUUUGUAGGAGCAAACAAAGAUUUGUUAACAGCGUGGCAAGAAGCUAAUCUUCAAUUUAACAAAUUAGCCGAGUCACUUGCAUUGGACGGUACGCAAUGGCACUUCAUUCCAGCAUAUAGCCCAAACUUUGGAGGACUGUGGGAAGCGGGCGUAAAAUCUAUCAAGUACCACAUGAAGCGCAUCUUGACAACAUACUUGACAUUCGAGGAGAUGACCACCGUCUUAUGUCAAAUCGAAGCCGUUUUAAACUCCCGACCUAUCAGUACAAUCGACGAUGACAUCGACAACAUUAGACCCCUAACACCAGGAAACUUUCUUAUUGGAGAAGCCCCAAUUGUCGUUCCCGGUCCAAGCUUAGAAAAUGCAAAAAUUCAUAGCCUAACACGUUGGCAACAUACCCAGAAGCUAGUUGGUGACUUUUGGCGUAGAUGGCAAAAUGAAUACCUGGCUAGACUACAACAAAGACCUAAGUGGCUAAAAGAGAAAAAAGAUUUCGAGAAUGGGGACAUCGUUUUAAUUAAAACGGAUGGGCUAUCACCAGGGAAGUGGUCACUUGGACGAAUCGUUAACAAGCAUCCCGGAGCAGACAAUCUUACAAGGGUCUAUAGUGUCAAGAGUGGAGAUAAUAUAACUAAAAGAUCUAUAACUCAAUUGUGUGCAAUGCCUAUUGAUACUAAAACAGAAUAA